AUGCGCCGGACCUCACGGAUCCGGAUUUGGAGUCAGACGAAUAGGUGCAGAGUGAACGAGGUGGAGGCAUCGCUAGCUGAAUUCGAGGCCGCAUUAGAGCUCGACCCCGCCCAGAUUCCCUAUCUAUGGCAGAGAGGUCUUUCACUCUUCUACCUCAACAGAUUCGCAGAAGCGUCACAACAGUUUCGUGCGUGCAUUGCAGCAAACUCAAGAGAUGCUGAAGAGUCCAUCUGGUGUUUUGUCUCAGAAGCCAGGGCAAAUGGAGUGGACUCGGCCCGAGAAAGCAUGCCAGAGGUUCCCCGGGACCCAGGCAAGGUGCUAAGAACAGCAUACGAAAUGUUUAAGACGGGUGCUGACCCCUUGCUGGUUUUGACAGCAGCAGGGGAUGACGAGGGGGGGUCAUCAGCCUUCUAUGCUCGGUUAUACGUCGGCCUCUUCUUUGAGAUCAUGGGCGAUGAGGCCACAAGUAGGAAGUACAUCCAAUAUGCAGCUGAAACCGAAUAUGCAUGCAGAUCCUCAGACUACAUGGCAGCAGUGGCGCGGGUGCAUUGCUUGAGACGACAGUGGCCACUCCCACCCUCUCACUGCUCGAGUAGCUUUCACCUCUCCUUUCACCUUUCCUCCUCUUUCCUCACCCAUCCCAUUCUACUCAGGUCCUCAGACUACAUGGCAGCAGUGGCACGAGUGCAUUGCUUGAGACGACAGUGGCCACUCCCUCCUUCCACUUUCGACGAGUAA